AUGGUGGCAACAACAGCAGGGGUGGUAGCAGCAGGGGUGGUAGCAGCAGCAGCAGGGGUGGUGGUGGCUGCAGCAGGGGUGGUGGAGACUGAGUCGGCGGGACCCCAGGGCGACGAGACGGGCGAUGGACACUCUACGGCGGUGGAGGAGGCUACAGUAGUGGCGGUGACGGUUCCCAUGUCGGCGGCGGCGGCUGAGGUGGUGGGAGACGAGGUGUGGGCAGCGGCGACAGCGGUGCCAACGGUGACGACAGCGUUGAAACAGUGGGGCCGGACUCAACCAGAUGCCACCCUCCUAGACGUCAGGGCCGAAGCUAUCAGCACGGCCCAGCCCUUUUUGAGCAGCCCUCUGUGCAGCAGGCCCCGAGGGCCCUCCAGCAUGCCCUACAAUCGUGCCAUCAAGCGCAACCAGGGGACCAGAGACACCGACCUGGUAUUGCUAAGGUCCGAGGGGUUUUGGGGAGACAGGAAGAAGCCACCACUGUUGAUGUUCAGUCCGUUCAGGCCAGCAAACUGGGAGAUCCGCUUGGGUCUUUGGAUCUGGGUGUCCUUUCAGAAUUAUGAAGCCGUAAAAGCCCACAUUAAUCAACUUUUGGAGGCUCAGGUGAUUCGGGAGAGCUGUAGCCCUUACGCAUCCCCCAUUGUCCUCGUACGCAAAAAAGAUGGCAGUCUUAGGAUGUGCGUCGAUUACCGCCAGCUUAAUGUAAAAACACGGCGUGAUGCCUUCCCACUACCCCGGAUAGAAGAGUCGUUGGAUGCGCUAUCGGGGGCUCACUGGUUUUCAACACUCGACUUAGCAAGUGGCUACAAUCAGGUGCCGGUGGCCGAGAAGGAUAAAGCAAAGACCGCCUUUUGUACUCCCUUUGGCCUAUUUGAGUUCAAUCGGAUGCCUUUUGGGCUAUGCAACGCCCCCAGUACUUUCCAGCGACUAAUGGAACGAAUUUUUGGUGCUCAACACUUUCAAACCUUGCUGUUGUACUUGGAUGAUGUAAUUGUUUUCUCGUCCACAGUAGAAGACCACCUACAGCGGUUGGAUUCUGUACUGACCCGGUUGCAUUUUGAGGGCCUGAAGGUGAAACUUGAAAAGUGCUGUUUUUUUAGAACUGAGGUAAAGUACUUGGGCCAUGUUAUCUCCAAGGAUGGGGUAGCUACAGACCCCGACAAAAUAAAUGCGGUUGCAAAGUGGGUUCGUCCCUCGACUGUGUCAGAGCUACGGUCAUUUUUAGGCUUUGCAAGCUAUUAUCGGAGAUUUGUAGAGGGGUUCUCUCAGAUGGCUACCCCCCUUCAUCGCGUGGUGGCCGAGCUGACAACGACUCAGACUAAGAAGGGAGCAGGGAAGUUACUCGGAGAUGCAUGGACCAGUCAGUGUGAACAAAGCUUUCAGGAUCUUAAAUCUAGGCUUGUUACGGCUCCACUGUUAGCAUAUGCUGAUUUCUCUUUGCCUUUCAUUUUAGAAAUCGACGCCAGCUUGAGCGGAUUGGGAGCCGUUCUGUCUCAAGAUCAAGGAGGGCAGGUGAGACCAGUGGCCUAUGCUAGCCGGACAUUAAGCAGAGCUGAGAAGAACAUGCCAAAUUACAGCUCCAUGAAAUUGGAAUUCUUGGCCCUGAAAUGGGCAAUGAGUGAAAAAUUCAGAGAGUACCUGCUCGGCCAGAAGUGCGUCCUGGUGAAGGAAUGGUUCUACCGGUUUGGGGUCCCAGCACGAAUCCACUCCGACCAAGGACGGAACUUUGAAAGUGUUCUGAUCCAGCAACUUUGUACUCUUUAUGGAGUUCAGAAAACGCACACCACCCCUUACCACCCACAGGGAAAUGGACAGUGCGAAAGAUUCAAUCGGACACUGCACAGUCUGCUUCAGACCCUUCCCUCCAACAAGAAACAUGAUUGGCCAGCCUACCUACCGCAAGUCCUCUUCUCAUACAACACUACAAUCCAUCAGACCACAGGGGAGUCUCCGUACCUCUUGAUGUUUGGCCAGGAACCACGCUUGCCCAUUGACUUUCUUCUUGGCAGAGUCCAUGAACUCUCAUCAGGUUCCGUUGACGACUGGUUGAGGGAACACCAGCAGCGACUCCAGACCGCCUUUGAUGGUGCCAAGGACCGUCUACAGGAAGCUGCCCGCAUCCGGAAGGAACGGAAUGACCAGCACCUGACCCGCGAAGAUCUUCGAGAGGGGGACCUGGUGUAUCUUCAGAAUAAAGCCUUUCAGGGGCGGGCCAAGAUUCAAGAUACGUGGGGCUCUAGGAAGUAUCGGAUAAUCAAGGCUCCGUCUGGUGCUAAGGCGGGACCCACCGGUGGACAUCCCUCCUGA